AUGGCUCGAAGCGCUGCGGAGGAAAUGGACCGACUACAACUUUCGGACGAAGAUACUGAGAAUCUCUGGGAUUCGCCUUCAAAAUGUGGAACUAAAAAAUUCACACCGCGAUCAUCUGAUGACAUUCCCGCACCAGAACAACAGCAAUCUCGCGACGGAGGUGACACUAUGUUUGAUCGUCAGGAAGCUCGGGAAGCCGCGCUACAAAACGAAUUACACACAGUCCGAAACGUCAAUCAAGUAAUUGAAAACCUCCUUAACAGUAUUGAUCAUGCCAAAGGAAAUAUGGAUACUGUAUCAAAAACCGUUACAUCCGCAUCAACACUUCUCAAUACAUGGACCCGAAUCCUCUCCCAAACUGAACAUAACCAACGCUUGAUCCUCAAUCCAAACUGGCAAGGUGCCACUCAAGAUGUAGCCGACAUGGAAACCGAAGCAAUUCAGAAACAACAAGCUGCUGAGCGGCGCGAACGAGCCUUACAACAACAAAGAGAGGCAGCAGCUCGAAAAGCGGAAGAAGAUGCACUGCGACGAGCACCGAGCACAAGAAGCACUCGCGGGACCAGUCGAGGCACUGUUCGCAGUACUGGUCUGGGCAGAACGCCCAGUGUCAGUACCAGCCGAACGGGAGCUACGCGGGGAUCAUCAACAACUACAACUCGACGGCCAGUUAGCGGGAUUAUGCGCGGUUCUAGUACUGGCAGUGGAAGUGCAAGCGCAAGCGGAAUUGCCCGAGGACGAAGCCGGCCUUAG